AACUACAGAUGAAGAGACAGAGCCACAGAACAGAGAUCAGAGGAUCCCAAUAGUCUGUAAAGAAUCCGUUAAAGGUUUUAGUUACUUAUCUCAGUUCAGAGUUCACAUGGGAAUCCAUCAAAAGCCUUUUGCUUGUACAGAAUGCACCAAAAUUUUUAGUAAAUUAACUAAUCUCAAAUCACACAUGAGAACCCAUUCAGGAAAAAAGCCUUUAUCUUGUCAAGAAUGUAAUAAACGGUUUAGACGAACAUCUGAUUUAAAAACACACAUGAGAACUCAUACAGGAGAGAAGCCUUUUUCUUGUAAACAAUGUGACAGAAGAUUUACUCAAAUAAAUGGUCUUAAAAUACACACAAGAACUCACACAGGAGAGAAGCCUUUUCCUUGUAAAGAAUGCAAUACAAGCUUUAGUCAAAUAUCUCAUCUUUAUUCACACAUGAGAACUCACACUGGAGAGAAGCAAUUUACCUGUAAAGAAUGUCAAAAGAGUUUUAGUCGCAUGCAUAGUCUCAAAGCACACAUGACAACUCACACGGGAGAAAAGCCUUUUACUUGUAAAGAAUGUGAUAAAAGUUUUAGACUCUUGCAUAAUCUGAAAACACACAUGAGAACUCACACAGGAGAAAAGAGUUUUUCUUGUAAAGAGUGUGAUUCAAGUUUCAGCCACUUGCAUAAUCUCAAAAGGCACAUGAGGACUCACACAGGAGAGAAGCCUUUUCCUUGUAAAGAAUGCAAUACAAGUUUUAGUCAAAUAUCUCAUCUUUAUUCACACAUGAGAACUCACACAGGGGAGAAGCCUUUUUCCUGUAAAGAAUGUGACAAAUGUUUUAGUGAAAAAUCCAAUUUAAAAACACACAUGAGAACUCACUCAGGAGAGAAGCCUUUUUCUUGUAAAGAAUGCGACAAAACCUUUAGUGAAAAAUCUAAUUUAAAAAGACACACUAGAACUCACACAGGAGGGGUCUUUUUCUUGUAA